UACUUAUUUGUUCGACGUUAUGGCGGUUAUGCCUUUAGUUUGGCGUGUGUGUGGAUGGUUUUAUUUCGCAAUAAUUGUGAAACAGUCAUGCAAAAUUUUAGGAAAGAUUUAGAAAUAUGUUAGGUUAAGCUAAUAGGUUAAUCUGACUCCUGGACGGUUUGGUUUACUGUGUAGCGAUGUUUUUUCUUUGCAUCUGAGUUUUUUUAGUAAUAAAGCUGCUUAUCUUUUUAGUUUCCGCGUAUGGCUAGCAGUACAGUUAUGCUUUAAGAUUCGUGCUCUUAUUAGAAGUGUGGAUUAUUUACUGUUGCUAAGAUGAUCAGCUCUGUAGAUAAGUACCAAAAAGAUGGUUUUCGCAUGCACAGAAUCGUGGCAGCUUGUUUGAGGGUGGCGGACGUGCACCCCGCCGCCCCAUUUGUACAGCAGGGGCGACGAGAUUUUGUUGUAUUUCUUACAUGGAUCACUGUAUUUUUAGAUCACAUUCAGGAUUUGAAUGAUGCUGUCUCCCGGGAACCGGUGUUCAUUUGGCCACAUUUGCUGAUCUACCUGUCAUUAUGGUGGAUUCGAAUUCCAGUGAUUUGGAUUCCCACGGUUUGCUGCUGAACGCCAGCGACUACUUCCCCAAAAAGGCCUGCAUUACAGAUGAAGCGGAUCUGACGUUUCCUUUUCCCCUGAUCAGUGGAGAAGCUAUCGAAUUUCUGGGACGAACGGCAGAAAAUGGGAUUGUGGCACUGUCAAAUUACAGGAUUUUCAUUCAGUAUCCGCAGAGCUACGUUAAUCUUCCGGUGCGAAUGAUUGAACAAGCUGAUAUCCAGAAUUACACCAAUUCCAUCGUGUUGACCUGUAAAAAUGGUACUACUGUUCGGUGCACUUUCCCGAGCCCAGAGCGAACAUUUGAGUGGCAGAAGCGCAUUUUAAACGCUGUUAUGAUGCCAAAAAAAUUGGAGGAUUUGUUUGCCUUUGCAUUCUAUGCGUGGAAAGCGGAAGAACGAAGCGGUCUGGGAAAGAACGCAGAAGGCCGAUGUUUUAAUUCGCUAGCUGCCGCUGGGUACGCUUUUGAUCUCAGUCGUGAAGCCGCGCGGAUGAAAUUCGAUCUAGAAUCAACAUGGCGAAUAUCAGAGAUUAACGUCAAAUAUGAGGUCUCUCCAACCUAUCCGCGAUUGCACAUUGUUCCCAAUUGCAUAAGCGAUACCGAUCUUGUACGCAUCGCGGAAUUCCGCAGUUCCCGGCGCUUUCCGUCGAUAAUAUGGAGACAUAAAGAGAACGGCAGCGUUAUCGCGCGUAGUAGUCAACCUGAGUUGGGCUUCUUUGGGUGGCGGUGUUCGCAGGAUGAGAAUUUUCUUCAGGCAAUUACUACUGCCUGCUUUUAUGAUCGGAAUACUGUACCACAGAAUAUUGCUAAUGGACACGUGCCCAAUGGUGAUUCCAGCGCUCCAGAUGUUCCAAAACUGCUGAUUUUGGAUGCCAGGUCAUACGCCGCUGCGGUCGCUAAUCGUGCAAAAGGAGGCGGCAGUGAAUACGCUGAAUACUACCCUAACUGCGAGAUCCAGUUUAUGAGUAUGGCAAAUAUUCAUACUGUACGAAAGAGUUUUGUCCAGUUGCGGCAGUUGUGCACAUCGCCUGCGGACCGACCAGACUGGAUGUCGGCUUUGGAUAAAACUCUAUGGCUGCAUCACAUCUCAGCCAUUAUGCGCACAACCUGCCAUGUGAUCAGUGCUGUGGAUGUGGAACGGCGACCAGUUCUCGUGCAUUGCUCAGAUGGUUGGGACCGCACAACGCAGAUUGUUGCACUGGCCAUGCUGAUGUUGGAUUCCCAUUAUCGGACAAUCAAAGGAUUCCAAACGCUAAUUGAAUGGCAGUGGUUGGAGUUUGGGCAUAAGUUUGCCGAUCGCUCUGGUCAUGGAUUUUGUACAGAUGAAACAGAGCGGUGCCCCAUCUUUCUGCAGUGGUUGGACUGUGUCUUUCAGUUGCUGCAUCAGUACCCCGUGGAAUUUGAGUUUAACGAAGUUUAUUUAAUUCAUCUGGCACAUCAUGUGUAUUCUUGUUUCUUUGGGACAUUCCUUUGUAAUACUGCUCGGGAGCGGGAGAAAAACAGUGUGAAUGAUAGGACCUAUUCUCUGUGGAAUUACCUACAACAGGAAGCCGAUGAGUCCUUCAGUAAUUUGCUCUAUGCCAGACGCGAUUUGGUCUUACGACCUGAUUACAAUGUGCGGAAAUUGAAAUGCUGGUUGAACUUAUACGCCACGGAAUUCAACCCUCUGUCAGCCAACGUCCAUCCCCCGGAGGUCAUCUGCAUUGGGAACGACCCUAAAAUUGGCAAUCCUAACCUGCCGCGAACCCGUUCUGUUUCAGACUUGAUAAAUGCGGUUCAGCCCGUUGUCAGCACUGAAGCGAAUAUUCACAGGACAUCCAGUCUCAAUCAAAUUGCUUCCAAUUGUCUUCCGACGGAACCCGUGGCGGAUGGGCCAGUGGCCACGAUUACCCCAUCUGUUCCAUCCAACAACCCUGUCGUUUCGCCGUUACGUCAAAGCAUUUCACUACCCAAUGACGAUCUACUACUGGGAACGAACGAUACAGAGGAUGAAGACGAUGGAAGUCCCAACGUUUCUCAGUCGACACCGAACCUUCCGAUUGCGCGGUCUUUGGAGACUAGUAAGACGAUAUCCGACGGCACAAUGGAUCGAUCGACCGACACCAUAACCGGCGAUGAAGAUAAUCAUACGCUGCUGUUGGAGCGCUUCCCUUCCAGUCAGGACAUUCAUACCGAAGCCGAAGAGUCUGCUGAAGAUGAGCCCGGUCAGGUCAAGCUCGGUGUGAUCAAUCAGAGUGACGGUGAUGUGAUGGUGCGCGAGGAAGACCUGUCGCGCGAUAGUUUCAUGCGCUUUGCAUCAGCCGGUGCGAAAUCAAUUAGCGAAUCACUUAUGGCUUCAGCCAUUUUCUCCGAUGCGAGCGCAUUACCAGGGACGAGUAUUCCUCUAAAAUCAGAGGCCAGGAGCUUCUGUUCGCCGUGCAUCACGCCGACGCCUAGUUUGAAAUAUGUGGAAGUGAAUCAUCAUUCGUCGCCAGUUAGCUCACCGACACGACCCAGACGGACAUCCCGCCAUUUGCCCUCCGCGUCGAGCACAGAUAGCGUUCACAGUGAUAUGAAUGAUUCGUUCCAUGAGCAUAAUCUGGCUACGGUUAGGAAACAACUGGGGCCGGAUGGACUGGCAAUUUUCCACGAUGAAUCGCAGAUACAGCUGAGGAAGAUGCGUAAUAAAUAUCAGAAAGAGGUCGACUCACUACGGCACGAAGUGGCAGCCCUUAAAGCUCAGCUGCGACACCGGAACGGUUUAAACAAUGGACAUGGGCCGUCCUCUCACACCCGGCGUGAUUCCUGCUCCGAAGACGGGCUGAACUGUAUUGAUAUCCCGAAAAAAUGUUCGGAUACUAUUGAUUAUGGUACUUCAUAUGGAUCUGACGUGAGCUGGGAUAAUAUUGACGAUCGGGAAGCCCUCGUAACCCCAUGGGUCCCAGACCAGUGUGUGACCAAUUGUACCAACUGCGGGACACGUUUCUGGUUGGGUAAACGAAAGCAUCAUUGCAGGAAAUGCGGAUUGGUGUUCUGCAGUAACUGUUCCGAUUAUCAGAUUCCUCUACCUCAAGAUAAAAUCUAUUGCCCGGUCAGGGUGUGUCGGGCUUGUUAUGUGGAAUUGCACCGACAAAAUAAUGGGCUUCAUAAUGGUACAAAAUUAGCUCUCAAUAGGCGACAUGUGGCAAAUAACGCUCAGGCCACACAAGCCUGAACGGUGAUUGUUGGUCGAGGGACAGAAGCCGAUGGAAAGAUAGAUGGGUAGCGCGACCUUCGACCAUUGAUCGGCGUUGGUUGGACAGUGCCACAGUGGUAGAGAGACACAGAGCGGGGAUGGUACGCGGCGUGGUACCGUGUUGGUUGUCUUUGUUUAUUUUUCUUGGCUUUCGUUUUUUCGGGUAUAGAAAUUGAAUCUGUAUUUUAAUCAAGCGCUUCUUUUGGGACUUGGUGUUUUAAAGAAUUUUAUUGAGUGCGAAUGAUCGGCCGUAGGCACGGUCAGAGUUCGUGGAGAAAUUGCAGUUGUGAUAAUCAAGAACAGAUUGAUAAUGUGCGCGGUGCUUUCGCCGAUUGCUGUAAUGGUAGUGAGGUUUUUCUUGCUUCCGGGAAUAAAGCUGUUCAAUCUG